AUGAAAAGGUUAAUUGAGGUCACCUUGAAACAUUCAAACAGCGGAGAACCACCAAAGUUAAAAUGUAAUUUGAGAAAGCACAAACCAAAUCGUAAACCCCGAACGCCGUUCACGACGCAACAACUCCUUUCUUUAGAAAAAAAAUUUAGGGAAAAACAGUAUUUAUCAAUUGCGGAAAGAGCGGAAUUUUCUAGUAGUUUACACUUGACGGAAACCCAAGUUAAAAUAUGGUUUCAAAAUAGGAGAGCCAAAGCAAAAAGAUUACAAGAAGCGGAAAUAGAAAAAUUAAAAAUGGCCGCAGUUGCGGCAGCAAGACCACCGCACAUAUACGGUCCCCCUCAUCAUCCCGCUUUGCAACAGUAUUUUCACCAUCAUCCGGAACAUCCGGCUGCUGCUUUGUUUUCGAGUCCUAGUCCACAUCAUGCGGCUGCCGUCACGGCACUUUUACAAGGAAGACAUCCCGGUAUGGUCGGCAUGGGUGCCAUGAUGAAUCCAAAUUCGAUAUUGGGACCACCACCGCCGCCGCCGCCGCCGCAACCUCCUCACGGUUCUGGUUCUUCUUUGCCGCCACCGCAAAGUAGUCCGACUCCCGGUCUUUCGUAA